AUGACAAUUUUUCUUUCUUUUGCUUUCCUGGCUGCUCUUCUGGCUCACAUAGGGUGCAGUAACCAGCGCCGGGGUCCAGAAACCACUGGUAGAAGAUACAACCGGAUUCAGCAUGGGCAGUGCACCUAUACUUUCAUUCUUCCAGAACAAGACGGGAACUGUCGUGAAAGCACGACAGACCAAUACAACACAAAUGCUCUUCAGAGAGAUGCUCCUCACGUGGAACAGGAUUUCUCUUCCCAGAAACUGCAACAUCUGGAACAUGUGAUGGAAAAUUACACACAGUGGCUGCAAAAACUCGAGAACUACAUUGUGGAAAACAUGAAGUCAGAGAUGGCCCAGAUACAGCAGAGUGCAGUUCAGAACCACACAGCCACCAUGCUCGAGAUAGGAACCAGUCUCCUAAGUCAGACAGCAGAGCAGACGAGAAAACUCACAGACGUUGAAACCCAGGUACUAAAUCAAACAUCCCGUCUUGAAAUUCAGCUGCUGGAAAAUUCAUUAUCUACUUACAAGCUGGAAAAACAACUUCUGCAGCAGACACAUGAAAUACUGAAAAUUCAUGAGAAAAACAGUUUACUUGAGCAUAAAAUAUUAGAAAUGGAAGAAAGGCAUAAAGAAGAGUUGGAUACUUUGAAGGAGGAAAAAGAGAACCUUCAAGGCUUAGUCUCACGCCAAAGCUACAUAAUCCAGGAGCUAGAGAAGCAGUUAAACAAGGCAACGAACAACAACAGUGUCCUGCAGAAACAACAGCUGGAAUUGAUGGACACAGUUCACAGUCUGGUCAAUCUUUGUUCCAAAGAAGGAGUUUUACUAAAGAAUGCAAAAAGAGAGGAGGACAAGCCAUUCAGAGACUGUGCAGAUGUGUACCAAGCUGGUUUUAACAAAAGUGGGGUCUACACUAUUUAUAUUAAUAAUGUAUCAGAGCCUAAAAAGGUAUUUUGUAAUAUGGAGAUCACAGGAGGAGGAUGGACAGUAAUACAACACCGAGAAGAUGGGAGUCUGGAUUUUCAAAAAAGCUGGAAAGAAUACAAAAUGGGUUUUGGUAGCCCAUCUGGUGAACAUUGGCUGGGGAAUGAGUUUAUCUUUGCAAUAACCAGUCAGAGGCAGUAUUCUCUAAGAAUUGAGUUAAUGGACUGGGAAGGAAAUCGGGCAUAUUCACAAUAUGACAGAUUUCAUAUAGGAAAUGAAAAGCAGAAUUACAGGCUGUAUCUAAAAGGACACACAGGAACAGCAGGAAAGCAGAGUAGCCUGAUCUUACAUGGCGCUGAUUUCAGUACUAAAGAUGCCGAUAAUGACAACUGCAUGUGCAAAUGUGCCCUCAUGCUAACCGGAGGCUGGUGGUUUGAUGCCUGCGGCCCUUCCAAUCUGAAUGGAAUGUUCUAUACUGCUGGACAAAACCAUGGAAAACUAAAUGGGAUAAAGUGGCACUACUUCAAAGGCCCCAGCUAUUCCUUACGUUCAACAACUAUGAUGAUUCGGCCCUUAGACUUUUAA